CUCGUGCACCGUACAAAUUUAGCAAUUAGCACCGGCCAAAUGAAUUUGUAAAUGCCAUGACGAAAGAGCCUGCGCGCAUCUAAUACCACCAGCUCACGUUCAGGCGUUGAAUCUCUUUACGGUUAUCGUAAAGUCGGCGAGUCGUCUUCUUUUCCACUCUCCUACUUUCUCUCUCCUCCAUUCUCUCUCUCCAAUUCUACUACCCGCGCUCAAGACCUAGAACUUUCGGGAUCGUCUGUAAUUUGAUUUCUUCUUCAUGGCAGGGAGAAACCGUAUGCCUCGCCAUCCUGUUAAUCCACAUGGUUUUAGAGAUGGCCCUAGGCCAUUUUUUAACAGAGGACCAGGACCUCUACCUGUUUAUCCUGUGGCUCUGGAGGAAGAACUUGAUAUUCAACACAGCGAAAACCAGAGGAUUGCUGCUGAAAAUCGGCAUUUGCUUGAUGAAAAUGUGAAUCUUGAAAGAGACCUGCAUGCUGCUAAAGAUGAAAUUCACAGAUUGGAUGAGCUCAUUAAUAAACUUCGAGCUGACCAUGAUCUUAAGUUUAGGGGUUUUAUUGAGAAGAAUUUGAAGAUAGAAGCUGAUCUACGUGCUGCUGAGCCUCUUAGAGAUGAAGUGAUGCGUCUUAGAGCUGAAGCUCAGAAGCUGAAUGUUCUGAGACAAGAUUUGACUGGUCAAAUUCAUGGUCUCACUCAAGAAAUAACCCGUAUCCGUUCUGAAAAUAAGCAGUUGAGUGCUUUGAGAUCUGAUGUUGAUGGCAUUCGCAACAAACUAGCUGAAGCCAGGAAAGCUUUGGAAUAUGAAAAGAAAGCAAAUGCGGAGCAGGUGCAGCAGAAGGAUUCAAUGGAGAAGAAUCUCAUGUCAAUGGCUCGUGAGAUUGAAAAGCUUCGAGCAGAGCUGCUGAACGUGGAUAGGAGAGGAAAUGCACUUGGUGGUGGCACCAGCUAUGCUAUGUACAAUGGAUUCCCAGAUACGAGGUAUUCAGGUGGAGGAUCAUCUGCUGAUGGGUAUGGUGGAGCCUGGGGCCCUUAUAAUAAGCGUCCCAGACAUUGACUUCCAAUACCUCUGACUGGCAUCUGAAAAUGUGCUUACUGAUCUUGGUAUAGCUAUUCGCUAAGCGGAAAGGAAGAGGAAGGGAGAGAGAGAGAGAGAGAAAAAGGG